CAAAAAAGAAAGUUGUAAAAAACAAAACCACCUCAUGGACUAGCAGCCAAAUUCGUAAAUGUUCUUUGCAUAAAAUAUCCACAAUUUUCUAAAUACUCUUGUAAAAUUCUUACGUAUAUAAAUAAAAAAAUUCCGAUAAGCUUAUAAUUUUUUUCCAAUGGCUACAACAUAUAUGGAAGAAGAGGACUAUGUAGAGCCACCGCCGGCGCCAUUGUUGGACUUGGCAGACUUUAAGAAAUGGUCAUUUUACAGAGCUUUAAUUGCAGAAUUUAUAGCAACUCUUCUGUUUCUUUAUAUUUCAAUAGCUACUGUUAUAGGCCACAAAGCUCAGCUUUCUCCAUGCAACGGUGUUGGUUAUCUUGGUAUUGCUUGGUCAUUCGGUAUCAUGAUUUUCAUUCUUGUCUACUGCACUGCUGGCAUUUCGGGAGGGCACAUCAACCCAGCGGUCACAUUCGGGCUGUUCGUGGCGAGAAAGGUUUCGUUGGAUCGAGCAAUUUUAUACAUUAUGUCCCAAUGCCUUGGAGCUAUCUGCGGCGUAGGGUUAGUGAGGGCGUUCAUGGAGCGUGAUUACCUUACUUUUGGUGGUGGUGCAAAUUCUGUUGCUGCUGGUUACUCUAAAGGUGCGGCUUUAGGUGCUGAGAUUGUCGGUACUUUCGCCCUUGUCUACACUGUCUUCACUGCCACCGAUCCCAAGCGAAAAGCCCGCGACUCCCAUGUUCCUGUUUUAGCUCCUUUGCCUAUCGGAUUUGCUGUGUUUGCGGUGCAUUUGGCUACAAUACCUAUUACAGGUACCGGAAUCAACCCUGCUAGGAGCUUAGGUGCUGCAGUCAUCUACAACAAUCGAAAGAUCUGGAACGAGCAUUGGAUUUUCUGGGUUGGACCGCUUACUGGAGCAGUAUUAGCAGCAAUAUAUUACAAGUACAUAUUGAAAGGAGCAGCUGUUAAAGCUUUGGGAUCAUUCCGCAACACCCACCUCAUGUGAAGAGAACAAUAUUUUCUACGGUUUCUAGUUAUAAUCAAUUGAUGUUUACAUAUUUCAAUCACAGUAUUGUUGUAAAGCUUUUUGUUUAGACUGGUGCAAGCUACUAAACAAAACUCUGCUUCUAUAAUUUGGUAGAAAGCCAAUUGGCAAUUGAGAAACAUCAUUAGAGCCAUUAAGGCUCUAAUAUUACCCUGUCAAAUACUAUGACAAUAACACUGAGUCGACUCAUAA